AUGGACGAUGAUAGCGAACAUAAUUUAAAUUUAGUCUUCAGAGGGAAAUGGGGCGCUGCCCAUGCCAAGGCAAGAAUUCUUCUGCGUUAUCCUGUGACGUACGUGGUGUAUACGUUUACUGAUACCCCGAUAUGUAUCAGUGAAGAAUCGUGUGCCAAGACUAUGCGAGGAUUACAAACGAAGCACAUGGAUGGUGGCGAGGACGAUAUAAAUUACAAUUUCGUUAUAGGUGGAGACGGAUCUGUGUUCAUCGGCAGAGGAUGGGAAGUUAAUCCUGCUUUAAACCCCAAAUUUGAGGAAUACUGGGAAGACUGUAUAGAGAUUGCACACAUUGGCCCUUCGGGGUUGCCCCCAGAUACAAUUCAUGAAGCAGCUAAGAAGUUGUUUCUCCGAGGAGUAAAUAGAGGAUAUUUGAAAAAGGACUUUAGGUGUAUCUUCGACUUUGACAAAAGUGAUGAACCAGAUCCUAAGCCUAAAGGCGUGGAGCUAAAGGAACGUGAAAUCAUCUAUGAGUAAUGUACUAAAUACGUGGGCUGAUGCUUCGUUUACUACUCGUUAGAUAA